AUGGCCGCUUGCAUCUUCUGCCGCAUCAUCAAGGGCGAGAUCCCCUGCAUGAAGCUCUUCGAGAGCGACAAGACGUUUGCUUUCCUUGACAUUGGGCCUCUCAGCAAGGGCCACGCCCUUGUGAUCCCCAAGUACCACGGCGCGAAGCUCGCCGACAUCCCGGACGACCAACUGACCGAGAUUCUGCCCACCCUGAAGAAGCUGGUCAACGCCACCGGUGCUGUCGACUACAACAUCCUGCAGAACAACGGCACAAUUGCCCAUCAGCAGGUGCACCACGUUCAUUUUCACAUGAUCCCCAAGCCCAACGAGAGCGAGGGCCUUGGCAUCAGCUGGCCUGCCACAAACGGAGACAUGGAAAAGCUCAAGGCUCUUUGCGAGGAUAUCAAGUCCAAAAUGUAG